UUUCUAUUUUUUAAUUUUUCAGAACUAUUAUGACAUCAUGUCUUGCCACCCAGAAAACUUUCAGUGGGAGCACUGGAGUUUCGAAAAUGUUGCUACCAUACUUGCUCACCGAUUCCCUGAUAGUUUUAUUUGGGUCAUAAAAUGUUCUCGAAUGCACUUGCACAAAUUCAGUUGUUAUGACAACUUUGUGGCUAGCAACAUGUUUGGAGCACCAGAGCACAGCACCGACUUUGGAGCUUUCAAGCAUCUCCACGCGUUGCUAGUUAAUGCAUUCAGACUCUCUCAGAAUAUUCUGCAGUCCCAGACAACCACACAUGGUUUCAGCAAGGAUGCAAAAGUAUCUGCUCAUAAAUCAGAGCCACAGUCUGUUCCUACAGCAAAUGGCUGCUCAUCCACAGAAAGAGAGAAAGAUUGUGAAUGCUCUAAUAAAUCCACCAUGAACUUCAUCGUACCAUCUGCUGUAAGUGCUGUGUCAUUUACUUUGAUUGGCUUCAGUAAAGGUUGUGUGGUUUUGAACCAGCUGCUUUAUGAGCUGAAAGAAGCUAAGAAAGACAAGAAUACAGAUGCCUUCCUAAAAAACAUAAAAGCCAUUUACUGGUUGGAUGGUGGUCACUCUGGAGGAAGCAAUACUUGGGUUACUUAUCCUGAAGUGCUGAAAGAGCUUGCACAGACAGGAAUUGAAGUUCAUUCUCACGUUACACCAUAUCAAGUGUUUGACACAAUGAGGUCAUGGAUUGGGAGAGAACAUGAGAAAUUUGUACAGAUACUUGAAGAACUUGGUGUGGAAAUAAAUGAUCAACUACAUUUUGCUGAUGAAGUUCCCUCCCUAGAUAACCAUUUCAGAGUUCAUGAAGUAUUUUGAGACUGUAUCUAAAUAGUAUAUUCAUUGCAAAAGCACUUUUGAUGUGGUAAAUCCUGUUAUCUAGAUUUACAGCUUUGAGCAGAUGCUUUCUGAAGAGAAUACUAAAUCAGACCUGAGUUACUAAUAGCUGCCAUAUAUGCAUUUCAAGUAGCUUCAAGGAGGACAUCUGCAAGACGUCAUCAUUUGAUACCUGAAAAGAAAAGAAAAAACUGUUAUGAUGAGUUAUUCUAUAAAUGUUUUCUGCUGUGUGAGCAUUUAUUGUUAAAUUAUUGGCAGAAUUUUUAGUCCUGGAUGUCUAAAGUCAUAUGCUGCCUUCAGUGGGAAUUUUAAGUACUCGAGACUUUCACAUGCCUGGAUAGGUCAACUUAGUAGCUUCCAGGGCUAAAAACUUUGGUCUCUGUCCAUUAUUUUCUUUAGUUUUUUGGUGUAAGGAUAAUGACUGUUAAAGCAAUAUCAGCUCUCAAAUAGAGUUGGAAAUUGUUUCCUCUAGUUAACUAAAUCUUCCAGUUUUGUAAAGUUUCUCCUAGUUGAAAAGAAGUCAUCAGUAUUUACUUUUGGAACAAUAGUGCCAAUCUAUUUUUCUUCUUCAUGAGCGCCUUGCCUUUUCUGUGGCUACAAAGUUUCCUUAACUCAUUGCACAGCAUCUGCUUGUGAAUAGCCAUUUUGCCUGGGAGCUUGAAAAUUUAGACCCAGCUAUGUUGAGUGACCAAGAAUGUUUGUAAGGGUGUAGUUUAUUGCUGUUUCAACAUACCUUGCUAUUGUUUUGACUAACUUCUGUAAGGACCAGCAGUCAUAUCUGCAUUUUCAGCUCAAGAGGAAUCUUUAGCCCUUCUGAUCUUGGACUGAUGGAAGUUUUUCUUUCAAACUGCAGGAUUAGCGUUCAUCUAAAUCAAGCCGUAAGUACAUAGUGUAUGAGAAGUUGCAUUAAAAAUUUUAGGCUGUUGCCUGUCACUGUUUUGUAGUUCUUCUGUUUGUAGAACUGUUCUCUCCUUUACACGUAUUGCAGCAGCUGCUCGUAGAUCCGCCCAAGAAUCUAUAUUCAAAGCUCAAUGUUCUAGACAAGAAAUUAAAAAUGAAAAACAAAACAAACCCAACACCGAAUUCUAUCUAAAAACAAAGCCAGACAAAUCUUGCUCUUGCCUUGAACCUGAGUAUUUUUCAACAUGAAAGAUGGACAUAAUGCAGGGCUUUUUUUUGGUUGUAAACAACUUUUCCUAUUUAUCUACAAAUAAAUACUAGUGAAUCCUUAAAGAUAACUGCAGCUUUUCAACGAUGAACCUUGGCUUAAAAUGGCUUUGGAUUUCUUGAAGGAUAGAAAUACAAAAGCAAGUUAGUGAAAAUUGUAGAGACAAAUUCAGUUCUGAAAAACAGUUUUUUGUUCAACAUUGUUCACAUACCUUUCCCCCUGUUUUUUGCUUCUUGUUAUUCUUAAAUUGUGGAAGGAAAGACCUGGGUCGUCUUUCCUCUAUUGGGAUAUUUUGAAUAUGCAGGUUUCAUUGGAGACUGUGUUCUGACAUCUCUUGCAAUGUUGAUGCACAUAUUAAUGACCACUGAAGAAUGAGAAAACUUUGUUGAACUCAGAAAACUAAUUUAAAAACUCAAAAUAUCAAGAGCAAUGGAAAGAAUUAUGCAUACUUUAAACUGAUGUGGAAGGGAGCUAUGUCAGUAAUAAUGAGGCCAUGUGUACCACUUUGAUCAAGACUAGAAAUAAGCGAUUUUAAUUGCUGAAGAAAAGAGCAGCAUAUAAACCAACAUAAAGGAAUCUGACAUCUAGUUCUAUCUAUGUUUGUUUUCCUUGGAGAUUUUGUUCAAUUCUAUUUAUUACCAUUUUAAUGAGAUUCUAAAUUCUUACCUGUUCUAAAGAAGAACUGUUUUUGUCCUUUCGAUGACCCUUGCAUCAUAUCUUAGGACUCUUGUCUCUAAAGGAAAUGUGGACCACCUUAAAAAUGGUUUUAAUGGCCUAUAUAUGCCUGCAGAUUGCUUGAAAUAUCAUUGCUUAUCCACAUUUAAAUUGAAAUAAACAAACAAACAUAUCACUGACCUUGUUCCCUGUCAGUUCAGCUUAUCUGCAAAAUUAACCAGACUAAUAUGCUGAGACUUGCCCUACCCAAUAGCAGUGCAGAUCACAGACCCAUUUCUAGACAAUUCAAUGCCAGGCAAAACAGCAGGAGAGGGUUGGUACAAGCUUCUGAAAACAACUAUUAAAAUAUUGGCAUCAUCUUCAGAAGUUCCUGAGCCUUUUGGUGGAGGUGGCUUACAAUAAUUUGUUAAGCAAAAUCAGCUCAAGCAUUGCUGUAUUAGUCUGAAGAGUAAGCACUUUGUUAUAAAGCUAAUCUUACUGUGAGACUUAAUGCUGUGGAGGGAAAACUGCCUGUUUUUUUCAUUCUCUAAUAGUUGUAAUGCUCUGUUGGAUGUGCCUCAUUCAUUACAAUGCAUGCUAAAAAUGAUAUGCAAAGAAUGUAGAAAAUAAAUUAUUUUCUUCAAUGUAAAAUGAUUAAAGCAGUUGAGUUCUGUGCAA